AUGCAUAUAUUGCAAGCAUGUAAAGGGAUGGAGCAUCGCUCUAUUUCAUCGCUUAUUGUAAACCAAAAAAGACAAUUUUUACUUACAGCAACAGCUACUCUAGUGGGGUCAAUGAUAAUGAACGAAAAUAAUCGUUUAGCAAAUAAGAUGGAGAAGGGACAAUUACAUUACAAAGAUGCCAAUGCCAUAUUUAACAAGGCAUUAGAAGCUCAGGAAAGUAAAUACUUUUCAAGAAGUAAACUGAAUUAUCCCGGGCAUGUACCAUUAUUUACCUUCGAAAAAUUAUUGAUGAUUGCUGGCUCCUCGCUUGGUGCAUAUUUACAUCCUGAAAGAAAUGAAUUUAUAGUCGCUCUAGGUGAAUCUACGGCAAUAACACCCGUUUUAACCAAGUUACAAACGCAAAUGUUGUCAGACCCAGUUGGCCGACAAAUAUUAAGAGAAAGACCGAGAAUCACAUCCACGUCAUUAGAUCUAGAUAAGCUCAGAGAGCUACCAGAUAAUACAAUUGGUAAGACGUAUGUCAAUUGGUUGGAUAGGGAAGGUGUUAGUCCUGAUACAAGAGUUCCUGUAAAAUAUAUCGAUGACGAAGAAUUAGCAUACAUUUAUCAAAGAUACAGAGAAUGUCAUGAUUUUUACCAUUCUAUAACAGGAUUACCGAUAAUAAUAGAAGGGGAGAUUGCAGUUAAAAUAUUAGAAUUUAUGAAUAUUGGAAUCCCUAUGUCUGGAUUAGGGGCUUUGUUUGCUCCUUUGAGAUUAAAACCUAGUCAAAAAGAACGCUUGUAUAAUAUUUAUUAUCCUUGGGGAUUCAAGAGUGGUCUUAAUUCAAAACCUUUGAUUAAUGUGUACUGGGAAAAUAUUUUAGAGGAAGAUAUAAACGAGUUUAGACAUAAAAUGGGAAUUGAACAACCUCCAGACUUGAGAAAUUUAAGGAAAAAGUACUUCGAAGAAUUAAAAAAGAAAAAGAAGGUCUAA